AUGCGGACUGUGGCAGGCGCGCUACUCGGAGCGACGGUGUUGGUCGCAGUGGCUGGAUUCUACGUCCACAGCUGCUACUCGAUACACUCCUACUACCGACUUGGCCACAGAGGUCGCAGCCUCGCCUCAAAACUGAAGAGCAUCCUGAAGAGAGCCUCUCGCCAGGAUCCGUUCUCGUCCCUCGACUGCGGCCGGCCGGCGCCGAGGCUGUCUUCGCGGAUAGUCGGGGGUGAGGAUGCAGUACCCGGCGACUGGCCGUGGGUGGUCCUGCUCGGCACCGGACCCCCGGACGACCCCCGCUGGUUCUGUGGGGGCACUCUGAUCGCGCCAUCCGUCGUCCUGACCGCGGCGCACUGCGUGGUCAGCUACUCUGCAGAGGAGCUGCUCGUUCGUCUUGGCGAGCACGAUCUCACGCGCGACGACGACGGCCGCCAUGAGACGGUGCCGGUGGCGGCGGUGGAGGUUCACCCGCUGUACCGGGGGCCGCACAACGACAUCGCGCUGCUGCUGCUGCGCGAGCCGGUGGUGCUCCGGCGGCGCGUGUGGCCCGCCUGUUUGCCUCCUCCGGGUGCCGUGUUUGUCGGUGUGGAGGCCACGGUGACCGGAUGGGGGCAGCUCGAGUAUCAUGGAGAGACGCCGCCAGUGCUACAGCAGGCAGAACUCCGAGUAGUCCCCGCCAAAGACUGUGAGAAGGCGUUCAGAAAACUAGAGCGGUUCAGAGACGGGUUUCGGAGGACGAGCAAGGUGUGUGCGGAGAGUGCUGGCAGCGAGCCUCGAGACGCGUGUACGGGCGACUCUGGAGGACCGCUGGUAGCCCACGGAGCUGACGGGAGAUACAGGGUGAUCGGCGUGGUGUCCGGUGGAGAGGGCUGCGCCAGCCCCAACAGGCCCGGCGUCUACACCAGAGUGUCCAAAUACGUCAGGUGGAUCGAUAUAACCGUCAGACAUAUGCUGCAGGUGUAGAUCAUUGGCAC